AAAAACAGUCAAAAGAACACUAUAAAAUAAAGACACAUGCAAAAUCGGGCAAUACGGUAUCGGUACCUUUUGAAUCAAUUUUAAAAUGUGAGACACUGAUCAAAAGAAGAUCAUGGAAACACUUUAUACAAACUAGAAUUAAAAAAUUAAGAAAAAAAUUGUGGCUGCGGUUCUUAUAUGGUGAUUACAGAAGAUAUUGAUUGUUCAGUGAAAUUUUAUCACAUAACAAAUGUAAAUCACGAGAAAAUGAACUAUGUACAGAUGUAUGUGAGAAAGUGGCAUGCAUAGACUUGAGGGCUUGCUGAUUGCAUUCUUGUAUGGCUGUUUUUGAUGAAAAUGAUAUAUGAAAUGAUAACCUCCAGUCAAACGCUACCUAUGCUGUAAAGUGUAACUGAAUAAAAUACGAUUAAAAGGACGUUUCUAGAAUUGAUAGGAUGGAAUGCAUGACUGUGGUAUGUGUAUCAUAACAGUGCUUUUCUUACAAAAAUAUGAAAUAAAAAACACCACCAUUCCAACAGGUGCAGUUACCGUCUUUUCUGCGCUCUGUUCCAUCAUCCACAACUAGAUUCAUGAAAAGAUCGAAACCUUGCAAAACACCCGUAACAGAUCGUCCACCAAAUCCAAUCUUUCAUCCAUAAACUUCUCCAAUUCCGGUGGAUGAGCUUUGUUCAUGUUGAUAUUACGCAAUACAAAUCCAACAGUAAAUACCGAAAUACACAGCGCGUAGCAUUAUCGACGGUCAAUAUUACUGUAUGCAAAUGAUGCAAUAGUGUUAUAUUUAUAAAAUGCAAUGAAAAAAAUAUACAAAUAAUCUUGAUGACCAUCAGCUAACUUAAGAGCGAAUAGGUGAAAACAUCAAACAGUCUGACUGAUUUUUACUCUUAAUUUAUCAUAUUUUUAUAUUAAUUACCGUAAUAUAGCCUAGUAGUCUACAUAUCAUAAUGUUGACGAGAUCUCUCACUGACGCAUUUAUACUCAUGCGCAAUAAUGCGCUACAAAAUCGUCAUAUGUUUUGGCAACGACAAGAUGUUGAGUACGAUGCAGAUGAAAAUGACGAAGUCUCUUUGAUAUCUAAUCGAAAAGGACAAAAUUCAAUGCAGUUGAAAAGUCUUCCACCAAGAUGGUUAUCGACAGUCGAAGAAAUCAAAGAAGGAAUCAGCCAAAUCAAAUUAAAAAUGGAAGAAUUAUCAGCUCACCAUCACAAACAUCUUAAUCGUCCAACGUUAGAUGAUGAUGUUGAAGAAGAACAAACUAUUGAAAUCUUGACUCAAGAAAUAACACAUUUAUUUUACAGCUGCAAUCAGAGCGUUAAAAUUCUGUCCAACCUUUCAAAAAAAGCUUCUAAGCUUGAGAAAUUAAUGUCAAAAAAUGUUGUUUCGGCUAUGGCUUCUUCAUUACAAAAUGUAUCAAAUGAUUUUCGACACAGUCAAUCUUCCUAUUUAAAAAAGUUAAAAGCAAGAGAAGAUAGAUCGAGACAUUUUUUUGACUCUGAUAAUGCGAUUAUGGUCGAACACAGUGAAAUGGAUAUCGAUGAUGAAACAUUUGAACGAGGGUUUUCUACAACACAAUCUGCUCUUGUUGAAACGAAUAGUCGUAUCAUUGAAGAACGUGAAGAAGAAAUUCAAAAGGUCGUUCAAAGUAUCUCAGAUUUGGCGGAAAUAUUUAGAGAUUUGAGUAACAUUGUAGUGGAGCAAGGAACUGUUCUUGACAGAAUUGAUUAUAAUGUUGAAAACUCUGUUAUGAAAACGGACGAAGGAGUAAAACAAUUGCAAAAAGCAGAGAAAUACCAAAAGAAAAACAAAAAACUUUAUGUUAUCUUUGUACUAUCAAUUAUAACGGCAAUAAUGCUAAUUAUCUUAAUUAUAAAAAAGGGUUGAUUUUUUAUUCAUAUAUCUAUUUUAAAUAUGUGAUGUAUUCUACUAUUUAGUUAACUAAUUGUGUGAUGUAAGCAAAUGUGCAAUGACUUUAAUGGAUGUAUAUGUGUGUGUGUGUGAGUUAUUCUAACUCUGCACUUGAUGUAUCAUAAGGUAGUACUUAUCAUACCAUAUUAAAUGCUGGUAUUAUUCAUCCAUGGUGUUGGUCAUUUAUUAGGUGUCAUUUAUCACUCUAUUUCAUCAAAUUCUAUUUGCCCACUGAUCCAAAAAGCUGAAUACUAUUGUAAUUAUAAAAAGAUGUUACUCGGCUUCACCUCACCGUGGUUGAAAUAUAUCGUGUAGCAGGCAUUGCCGAACUGUAAAUCAGUUUCUUCUUAUGUGAAACCUUGUUUGGAGUGGAAUUUUUAAAAAUCACUUAAAAAUGGGAUGUCCUAUUUAUUUUUUCAAAUGACCCUACAGAUUCAGAUUGUAGCAUGUCUCCAUAUUGUUUGUAUUUGCACAUUCUUAUUUGGUCUGUAUUACUACCGGCUGAUAGCAUGUCAGCUCCUGUGCUUUUUAAACAUAGUGAAAAGUGAAUUUCAGGGCCAAGGAAUUCUUCAAAUCGUGCAUUGCUCUGAACCUAAAUAAUAAUGAACAAGUGGUAACAUAAUAUCAAGAAUAACCAUAAAACUGCCACCAUGGGUUAUGUACUGAUGUUAUGAUUUUCUGUACGGAAAUAGAGCUGUUCAUAAUUAUUAUUAUACGGAUACUUUCUAUGGUUUUAUAUUCACUUAUGCAGAGCCACCUAGAGACAAGGGUCUAUCGCUUUUGUUUGUACUAAAAUCAUUUCAGUUUGACAUAUUCUAUACAUUCUAGUCGGUGGAUAUGGAUCCGAAAGCAGAAACCUAAAAUGGCAAGAAAUCUUAUUUACCAUGAUAAUACGCGAAAUUUCAUCAAUCGAUCAAACGUCUGGCUGAAUAACACUGUAUGACCUUACUAUAGUUUAUUAUUUUAUAUUAACAUUGUUAACGCACUGCUAGUUUUUUUUUAUGGGCCAGGAAUUCCAAUAAAAUUUUCAAUUUAGUUCUAAAUAUUAUCGUACAUUUAUUUUUGAAAUAACUAUAUUUCUUGGUAAUUUUACUCAUUUCAUCAGUUGUGUUAUAUUAAUUUAGAAUUGUAGAGCCGUGAUGUCUUGUGGUCUAUUUAACUUCACCUCAACCUAACCCUAGAAUAGAGAAUUUGAAAACAGCAGAAUUUGUACUUUUACUUCAGGUUGAGAAAAUUCUGGUCAUUCAUGCUUCAAUGAUUCCCACUGGGGGCAGAGUCAGAAUUGCGCUGAAGUUUUGCUUUAUUUGUAUCAUUAGUAUAAUGCUUAUUAGUUCACUCAUUUUUGGUGGGCAAAAGGAGCUUUAGUUUAAAAAUAUUUUUGCUUCAAGGUUACUAAUUUAUUGUUUAACUCUGACCUGCUAGUCAAUAGGUAUAAUUUACAUUGCUUUAGUUCUACUUCAUGUUUGAGUCAUGUCUUAUUUUAUACUUGAAAAAUUAAAUUUUUAAUGGUUCCUAAGUAAUUCAAGAGCUUUGCUGGUUGCUGCACACUAACAUACAGUAAAUAUAUUUUUUGUACUGUUUUGUCGGACCGAGGUCAGACAUAAUUCAACUACAACAAAAUGGGAAAUUGCAUACUCGUCCAAACAAUGAGUGUUAUGCCAUGUGUUAUAUAUUUGAAGCCAUUGAAUAUGGGUAUUGGUAAAUACCAAAAGAAAUGAAUAGAACAUGAAAAUUACAAGGUGGAAUAGUAGCUUGGAUUCUGAAAACUGACUGAGAUCCCAAGCCUCAUUUGUAUGCAUAAAAAAACGUAUAAGAUCUGUCGAAAAAUGAGUCUUGAUAUUUGUCUUUUUUUCUUUUUGCCAACUUAAAAAAUUGGGUAUGAGGAUAUUUUCCAUCGUGUAAUUCUUAUUUUCUGUCCUUCGUUUUUCCAUAUUUUGGGCACAAAGUUAUUUUAUAUGUGUAUUUUCAUCAUUUAGA